AUGCCGGCCUUUAACCUCGCGACCUGCGCGCGACCCAACAUUCUCGCCUUGGAGCCGUACCGCUGCGCCAGAGACGACUACAAGGACGACGGCACCAAUAUCCUCCUCGACGCCAACGAAAACGCCUUUGGCCCCUCCCUCACCCCCUCCGCCGCCUCUUCCGCCGCCGCCUCCUCCUCCUCCUCUGUCGACAUUGACUGGCUCGGCCUCCACCGCUACCCCGACCCUCACCAGCGCUCCCUCAAGCAGCUCCUCUGCACGCUCCGCAACACCCACGCCCACACGCCCUCGACCCUGACCCCGGACCACCUCUUUGUCGGCGUCGGCUCCGACGAGGCCAUUGACGCGCUCCUCCGCUGCUUCUGCGUGCCCGGCCGCGACCGCAUCCUCGUCUGCCCGCCCACCUACGGCAUGUACGCCGUCUCGGCCCAAGUCAACGACGUCGCCCUCGUUAAAGUUCCGCUUCUCCCCGCACCGUCUUUUUCCCUCGACGUCGCCGCCGUCACCGCCGCUCUUUCUGCACCUGGCAGCAGUGACACCAUCAAGCUCGCGUACUUUUGCUCGCCCGGCAACCCGACCGGCGCGCUCCUCCGCAAAGCCGACAUUGAGGCCAUUCUCGCGCACCCGACCUGGAACGGCGUCGUCGUCGUGGACGAGGCCUACGUCGACUUUGCGCCCGACGACACCUCCCUCGCCGAGCUCGUCACCGAGCACCCCAACCUCGUCGUCAUGCAGACCCUGUCCAAGGCGUUUGGCAUGGCCGGCAUCCGCCUCGGCGCCGCCUUUGCCAGCCCCGACGUCGCCCGCGUCCUCAACAGCCUCAAGGCGCCCUACAACAUCUCUAGCCCGACUAGCGCCCUCGCCUCGGCCGCCCUCGGCCCCGACGGCCUCGCCGUCAUGCGCGCCAACCGCGCUCGCAUCGUCGCGCAGCGAGAGAGGCUCGUGCGCGAGCUGCCCGCCGUGCCGGGCGUCGGCAGGCUGCGCGGCGGCACCGAGAGCAACUUUUUGUUGUACGAGAUGCUCAACGCCGCGGGCGAGCCGGACAAUGACGUGGCGCACAAGGUUUACUCGGUUCUUGCCGAGAAUGAGGGCGUCGUCGUACGCUUUCGUGGCAAGGAGCACGGCUGUCUGGGUUGUUUGCGUAUUACUGUCGGCACAGAAGAUGAAGUGACUCGUUUCCUGACUUCAUUGAAAGACGUCUUGGCGAGAAUUAGAGGCCAAUGA